AUGGAUCUUUUGGAUCAGAAUGCUCAUGAUAGAAGCAAUGAACUUGAUAAUCUAAUCAUCGCAGCAGCAGCAGCCUCGGUAGAAGGCCAGAUGGAAUCAGAUAUGGCCCCUGAAGAGUGCGUAAACUAUGAUACCGGAGAAGGACAUUCUCGCACUGGUAACACUUAUUGGCAUCCUGGAUUUCUUCACGCAGAACACGUAUCAGCUAUCCAAGAAGCUGUUUGUAAUGUUUUAGCAGAGAAUGAACGUGAAUUUUCCAUUGAUUCCCAUAUGAAAAAGCGUGGAAAUGAGCACGAAUACGAAGAAAUGAUGUCUCUCCUCAGUUUCCGCGGUGAGGAAGUUGAGAGUGAUGAGACAGUUGAAGCUCUGCGCAAAUAUUCUAUGGUUUUUGAAUCAACUGGUGCUCAUUCUCAGGCUCUUCCUUUGCAUGAACAGGCUAUCAACGAAGCAGCUUAUCAGAUUUGUACUAUCAAACCUGCAGCUAUUUUCUAUAAACGUGAUUUGGCAAUGCUAGCCAAGCUUGCUGUUCGUAUGACCGGAUUUGACUUUCCUGGUUCCAGAGCUACAAACUAUACACCAGUUGAUGAUUAUGCUCCUGGCUCGGCGCUAGAAAACGAAGAGGGUUCCCAAUCUUUACGACCUUCAACUGCAGCUCCAGCUAGUGCUUCAAUGCUUUUGCAAAAAUCUGGCCUUCUUGCUCCUAGAAGAGAUGCCGUAAAGCCAAAGUUGACUCCCCAGGAGUAUUCAAUAAUUGCCAGAGCUGCACAGGAACUAGCUCCAGAGUUGCCCAACCUAGCUCUAAAGAGUCGAGACCAAUGUAGUCUUGUUGAAAACUUCGUCUAUACGGAUGCAGUCCGCUUGAUGAACAUUAGCCCAGAGAGACUGGAUGAGGAGAUGGAUUAUAUUCGAGACGUGAGUGCCAUUUACGGAAGAUAUCAGAGUGGUCCCCGAAUGCCAAAUCCUCGUUUGUCGCCCUAUGAGUUGGGCAUGAAUGAGGCAGCUGCUUGUGUGGCUAAGUUGCGACCCAGUCUCCUUACUCAUACCCUGCACUUAACAGAGUGGUCGCGUCGUGUUCUCAACCUCGCUGGUCUGCAAUUAUCUCGAAUUCCUGCUCCUCCCUCUCCAUCCCAUCAUCAACAGGCUCAUGGGGAUAGAUGGCCACAACGCACUGGUCCGACUAAAACAGCCUCCAGCCAGCUCCGCUUUCAACAUGAAUCGAAUUACGGCAGUGGUCUUACUUACGCUGGUGAAUAUGUCACUGAAUUCGGUACUUCAGGCAGUAGCACUUUCGGUGUGGCUUCAAUGACUGACCCUACGAAUGGCGACAUUAUCGAUUAUGAAGUUUCUUGUGGUUUGGACAGUAGUGAUUUAAUUCAACCCCUCGGCGGAGCUCAGAGUAUUGCCGCGCUUCCCGAUUUCCAGUUGGAAAAACUCGGUAGAGCUCAAUUCACUGUUGUAGAUCCUGAGGUGGAUGACAUCUUGGGCAGUUGUUCUCUCACUUUACAAGUUGAGGAAGAUGAUACUCCCUUGGAUGCAUCAGAAAUCCUUCGAAUUACCAAAGCUGAAAAUCUGGAGUGUGUUACAGAACUCAAUGUUCCCUGUUCCAGCUACACCAGUGUCAGUGCUUUUGAUUUGACUCGCUGUGUCAAUCUGAAAGAGUUGGAUUUGAGUGAAAAUGCACUGAGAGUUUUCCCACGUCGUUUGCACUUGGCGAAUUUGAAAAAGUUGGGCAUAUCUGGCAACCGAUUUAUUCAUCUCCCUCUCAUUGAGCAAUUCCCCAAGUUAACACGUCUAACUAUCGAUGAGAAGCUAAAACAGCUGCUCAAUCCACAAAUGCUGGCCUACUUCUGCCCUAAACUGAAAACAAUCAAUGGUCAAUUUUUCGACGAAGUUUGUUCUGACUUCACUAUUCGUGUAAUUCAAGAGGCGAAGGCGGUCAUGGAGCCCUAUAUUCGCUCGAAGUGGGAAAGUGAAUUUGCGGAGCGCGUGCAAACAAAUAGCUCUCAAGAGGAACGCCUUCGUGCGAUCGAGACCAUGAUUCAGAAACUAAAGGAAAACUUCAUGCUCGAUGAUGCUGUCCUUCCCUACAAGAACCUUCUAGCGUACCGUAUAGUGGAUGAAUAUCUCCGUUCAAAGCAGCCCGAGCAAUCUGCCGAUUCAAAUUCAGCCGAGGCCAGCGCAGCAGCCCGACGCGAACGCGCCGAGAAGCGUGCUAGUGAACUCGCUGCAGCUCUUGAAGCCGAAGUCCCCAUGCCCCACGAUGAGGAUUUGGUGGAAGCUGAGGCUGAUAUGCUUGCCAACCCUUCCGCAGAUAACGUCGUCUCUGGCCAUGGUGACCGUCCAACAGAGGCUGUCCUUCUGGACGACCCUGAGGAUGAACCUUUUCCUCCGAUCCACUAUGGGGAGGAUGGUGAUGAUCCUGAAGAAAGGGAAUCUGAAGCUCGAAUUGCUGGAGAACGGGCUCUCUUUGAGGCGGCUGAUGACCUCCUGGGAGUUCAUUUCCCUGACCCACUUUUGCUCCAACAGCAGCAGAGUCAACAACAGAGCCAGCCCAUGCAGAUGAUGGUUGUGGAUAGUAUGGGCCGCCUAACGCAACAGCAGGUCAUUCCUGUAAACGCUGCUGGUCAGAUAAAUCAACAGCCUCCACCCUAUCAGAUGCAUUUAGGAAAGUCCCUACGAGCUGGAAGAUCGAUUGUUAUGACUGUAGUAAGACCGAGUAGUAUCUCAGGUCGACCCGUUGCGGAAUUCCUACCGGGAGAGUUGAGGAAUAAGGAUUAUGUGAAAGGAUACAUGGCUUCAGAGAUUUAUAAGAAGGCUGUUAAGGAGACACUGGGACAAAAGGCCACUCCGAGAAAACGAAAUGGACCUGGUCGUCCAAGAAAGUCGGAGACUGCAGCCGCCUUACGAACACCAGGCGGUAGUUCACAGGGUUCAUCAAUGGUCCCUCUGAGUGAGAUCAAUCCCACAGAUAUGGUCUCUCUCAAGAAGCCCAAUGUUGCUCAAAUGCAAGCAGCUUCUGCAGCAGGUCGUGGCAACAUACAGACUGCUAAAAGACCAUCCUCUUCAGCUGCAGGCGGUCUACUUGACGACAGCCCCAGUGGUACCGCAGGUUUACCUCCCCGACCCAAGAAACGGAAGCCUCUAGGAAUGCAUAGGAGUCUUCGAGAUCUCUGUGCCGAACCCUCUUAUGGUUUCACCCCCAGCUACCUUUCUCCUACGGGUACUAUGGGUGGAAUGCGUACUGAUGCCUCUUUGCUUGACUAUGACCCUCUUCAUUUUAUCCGCUGUCACGCUAAAGACAAUGAUGCUGGAGAUAGCGAUACCAAGGUUUGGAGGUGCCUCUUUGAGCCUAAUCCACUUCGCCCCGAGGAAACUACUCAUGUGGUUGCUACCUGUGGUGGUGAAUGCGUCUGCCUAAUUAACUGCGCUACUGGAAAAGUUAUGAAAAGAUUCAAGCACAUGGAUGAAGAGUUUUACACUAUCGCUUGGACUACUGUUGAAGUUGAGGGGAAUAAGCGCACAAACAUCCUUGCCGCAGCUGGUCGGAUGCGUGAAAUCCGUCUUCUCCAUCCUGAUCAACUCAUCUGUUACUCUGAGUUGAAGGGCCACACCGAAGACAUCACUGCUAUGAUUUUCCAUCAGACUCAACCCACUAUUCUCUUCUCUGGAGAUUCCAAAGCAUCCGUGAUUGUCUGGGAUAUCGGUGUUCCCUCGGUUCCAGACUAUAAAACUCGAUAUCAACUCCUGAUGCGUCUGCGUUGUCCUAGACUUGAUGUCAAUCCUGUCUUGAAUCUGGUUUUCUUGCCGCAUUAUGCUUUUCUUAUUGCGGGUUGUGAAGAUGGUCUUUUUGCCUGGAAAAUCACUGAUCUGCGUUUGGAGAAGAGGGAACGAGAACCCGACAUGGAACUCAAGCUGGAAGUUGAUCAUGAAGUCUGUAUUGAUGGGUUGGCUCAACUCUCUGAUAACUCCCUUGUCAUUAAGGUGGUAGAAUCUGGAGAGAUCAUGAUAUUCGAUUUCGCUUCUGUAUUAGAAAGACGAAAGGGUCUUCAGCGCGUUGUUCCAAUCGAAAUGCGGGGACAUUUAUACUGGCAAAAGACGGAUGAAAUUUACAUCAACGUGUCUGUUCGUCAGAAUCUUGGAGCUGUUAUUUGUGGAGAUAAUGAGGGCUCAAUUUGGAUCUAUGACUUGGACCCCUAUCUCGAUGAUUUGCACUCAUCUAGCCGAAAGAAGUUCUUCGUUAAACCAAUUAAAAUUCUUGAGUGGCCAGAGUGCUCCGUUCAAGGAAACCGAGAUGAAGAUCAACAAUUGAAGGAGUCAAUUAAUUCUGGUUUCCACAAUCCAGUUGUCAACAGUGUGGAGAUGAGCUCUGACGGUCACUUUUUGGCUGCGGUUACGGACAACAACCUUGUCUGCAUUUGGCGUUACGCUCCGCCUGUCGCUGGAGCUACCGGCACAAUGGUACCCUCUACUGUAAUUCCUAUGGCUACUUCUUCUGGGGUACUGACAUCAAUUGCCAUGCCAACGGAAAGUGGAGGAGAAAUGAUUACAACCACUGUUGUCACGGAUGAAGCCGGAAACUUGUUGGGAAUUCCUACCGUUCAAACCGAAUCCACAAAUGAGGAGACCCUAUUUCAACAAGAUCCAGCUGCUGCUGACACCACCUCUGAACUUGUCAACACUGAAGAGCAUCAAGUAGAAGAACAUCAGGCCUGA